GCGAGUCUACAAGCCGUCAGUCGGAACGGCGCGGGCUGGCGAGCGCACGUGGCGAGUAAUCGAGUAGUCGAGAACGAGUAUCGAUUAUAACUUGCGAUCGAUAAGAUAGUGCUUGUGGAUUCAUUUUGCGGAUUUUGUGAGAGAUGUUGCGUGUUCUCCUAAUAGCGGUUGCGGCCGCUACAGUCCUCGCCGCGGACCUGCCGCCAAGCUGCGACAACAAAGUGUACUGCCACAGCGACCUGCUCCACCAUGUAGAGAUGAAGCGCAUCUACCAAGACUCCAAGACUUUCGUCGACCUCCCGAUGAAACAUGACCCGGAUACCGUCCUCGCAGCGUUCGACAAGCUUUUGAACGAAACGAACGACCCCUCUAAAGAACAGCUCCUAGCUUUUGUUGACGAACACUUCAGUAAAGAAGAUGAACUUGAGGUAUGGUCUCCCCCGGAUUAUUCUAAGAAACCCGCUUUUCUCGCUAGAAUCAGAGACGAAAAACUCAGGACGUUUGCCAAAAAUAUCAACGAUAUCUGGCCGACCCUGGGUAGAAAAGUAAAGUCUACUGUAUUUGAAAAUCCAAAUCACCACAGCCUGAUUCCGAUUUCACACGGAUUUAUCAUACCUGGCGGGAGAUUCAAGGAGAUUUACUAUUGGGACACAUAUUGGAUCAUUGAAGGUCUCCUUAUUUGUGGAAUGCAGGAUACCGCACGAGGGAUGAUCGAAAAUCUUAUUGAGCUGUUGACUAAGUUGGGCCACAUUCCGAACGGUAGCCGAGUAUACUACAAUGAGCGCAGUCAGCCACCUCUCCUCACAGCCAUGGUCUCUCUGUACUUUAGAGAAACAAAAGACAUAAAAUUCGUAAUGAACAAUAUUGAACAUAUGGAGAAAGAAUUGGAAUAUUGGAGGCAGACGCAAUUUGUGACAUUCCAGAAGGACGGCCGGUCUCAUACUUUACUUAGAUAUUUUGCCCCGAGUGAAGGCCCUCGGCCAGAAUCCUACUACGAAGAUUAUGAGGCUGCUCACAACUUAAGUAGUGAUCCGGCUCGCCAGCAAGAAUUUUACACCGAUAUCAAGAGCGCUGCUGAGAGCGGGUGGGACUUCUCUUCACGUUGGUUUAUUGAUGAGAAGGGAGAUAACACGGGACGUAUCCAAAACAUCCACACGAGAGAUAUUAUCCCAGUGGAUUUGAAUUCAAUUUAUGCAAAUGCUCUUCAGAAUGUAGCGACGUUCCACUUGUACCUAGGAAACCUUGUGAAAGCCGCUGAAUAUGCUUACCGCGCCAGGCAGUUAAGGAAUUCAAUCGAACAAACUUUAUGGGACGAGAAAGAUGGUAUCUGGUACGACUAUGAUAUACUUGACAAUACGUUUAGAAAGUAUUUCUAUCCUAGUAAUCUGUCUCCGCUCUGGAUGGGGGCUGUUGAGAAAGGGCGAGUUAGGCAAAAAUCAGGCCGUGUUUUAAAGUAUCUGAAGUUGUCACAUGGUUUGGACUUCCCUGGAGGUAUUCCCACUUCGUUGAUCCAUAGUGGACAGCAGUGGGACUUCCCGAACGCGUGGCCGCCUCUAGUCAGUAUCGUCGUUAACGCACUCGAGGCCUCAGGAAAUCUGCAAUCCAGGAGAACCGCGUUCGAGGUAGCUCAGUCCUGGGUGCGUGCGUGUUUACAGGGAUUCAAUGAGAAUAAGCAAAUGUUUGAGAAAUAUGACGCGGAAACUCCGGGGAAAUUUGGGGGAGGUGGCGAGUACAAUGUGCAGGAAGGAUUCGGAUGGUCCAACGGAGUUGUUCUGGAAUUACUAAACAAAUAUGGCAGCAUUUUAACCGCUGACGAUAAGUCUGUCUUGGGGCUGGAUUCUACCGACGACCGUUCUUCGAACAUUGCCAGGGACAUAAUGAUGCUGACUCUACGCCUGCCUUUAUACCCAGUCCUGGGCUUGCUCAACGUCUACUCGCAGGUGAUCAUCCCUUCUUGCAACUCUUCCAUCUACUGCACCGGCGAAAUGCUACACCGCAUCCAGCUUGCGAGGAUUUUCCCUGACUCAAAAUUUUUUGUUGACAUGAAGUUACUAUUUUCCCCGAACGAUACAUUGGCAGAUUUUGCUCAGCUGAUGCACGACACUCAGCGGAAUCCUUCGCGCGAACAGCUCACUAAGUUCGUAGGAAAACAUUUCGAACCAGGAAACGAACUGGAAAAUUGGAUGCCUCCCGACUUCAAUCCAUCGCCGCCAAUACUGGAUAAAAUAAUAGAUCCGAAACUUAAAGUGUUUGCUAAAAAUGUUAUUGCUAUUUGGGCAACAUUAGGACGUAAAGUAAAACCUGUUGUUCAUCAGAAUCCUGACCGGUACAGCUUAAUUUCAGUUCCUAAUGGAUUCAUAGCACCAGGAGGUCGAUUUAAGGAGCUGUACUACUGGGAUUCUUACUGGAUCGUACGUGGACUUCUACUCAGUGAUAUGGCAGACACUGCCAGGGGUAUGGUAGAAAAUCUUCUUUAUUUAGUUGACAAGUUUGGAUACAUCCCAAACGGCAGCCGCUUCUAUUACUUAGGUAGAAGUCAACCACCUCUUCUUACGGCCAUGGUUGCGGAUUACUAUGCUGUUUCGGAAGAUCUUGCGUGGUUAAAACGUCACAUCCCUACUGUUGAAAAUGAGUUGCAAUAUUGGUUAAAUACAAAGAAGGUAACAGUGGAAAUAAAUGGCAACCAAUAUGUGCUCCUUCGGUACUAUUCGGACGAGGAUGCUAAAGGACCACGACCAGAGUCAUAUUACGAAGAUUAUACUACAUCCCGGUUUUUACACUCAGAGGAUUUGCGCCAGGAAUUUUAUAAAGAGAUGAGGAGCGCGGCUGAAAGCGGAUGGGAUUUUUCAACUCGCUGGUUCGUGACUGCGAGCUCGGAUCCUGUCGGGAACCUGACCGAUGUUCAUGCCUCGCGCAUUUUGCCGGUCGACCUAAACUCCAUCUUUGCUGGUGCUCUUCAACUUGCCGGCGACUUAAGAAGCCUCCUCAACGACCGUCGUGAGGCGCACAAGUGGUACAGCCUCGCAAAAUAUUGGAGAAGAUCGAUUGAAAAUGUACUCUGGGAUACUUCUGACGGGACAUGGUACGACUACGACUCUAAGGCAAGAGCAAGAAGGAAACAUUUUUAUCCGAGUUGUGCUACGCCUUUGUGGGCAGGAGCGGUCGAGAAAGAGGACGCUCCAAAAUACGCUGCACGGUUAGUGAGGUAUUUGCAUUCAUCCGGAGGUCUCGAUUUCCCUGGAGGAAUCCCAUCGUCUCUUCUCCAUUCUGGCGAGCAGUGGGACUAUCCCAAUGCUUGGGCUCCGAUGCAAAGUAUACUUAUAGGAGGGCUUGACAGAAGCGGGCACGAAGAAGCGCGAAAACUAGCGAAAGAGCAAGCUAAGACUUGGAUCCGCUCGAACUACUUAGGGUACAACAGGUACACCAAGAUGUUUGAGAAAUAUAGUGCGGUCCAGCCGGGGUAUCCCGGGGAUGGCGGGGAGUACGGGGUACAAGAUGGUUUCGGGUGGACCAACGGGGUUAUACUAGAACUAUUAGCAAAUUACGGAGACGAGUUGUUUGAUGAAAGUGCGGGAAAGACACUGCCAUACGUGCGUCAAGUGUGAAACGGACUCAAUUUGUAAUUUAUUUGUAACUUAUGUAAAUACUAAAUACCUAAUUAUAACAUUUCAGAAUCGCGUGUGAAAAUGGCCUUUCAAUUAGAUAAAAUACACAACACGCUGUACUGAAAUGAAAUAUAGAACAAAGAGUAUUAUCUAGUACGAAUGAACUAUUAUGCCAGUAAAAAAAAUAUUCUUGAACGCGGAAGGAAGUGAUACAUAUUAUUUAUACCUAUUUGUAUUGUAACUAUUUAUAGGAGUGAAUGUAAUGUGAUAUACAGUCGCUGAUGUGGAUCGCGUGUAGUUGUUG